CUAGCAGAAGGAUAAUGAAACAAAAUGCUCACAAGUGCCAUCCUCACUGAAAAAACUCCCAUCUUUCUGGAUGGCUUCUUUUGCUUCGUUUGCCUCCAGCGGGACUCUUAGACUGGAACCAGACCUUAGAAAGCUCCGCGCCACUUCUCUCGCCACCGAAAAAGCUGCAAGAACAAGCCUGUCACAUCCAAGAACUCUUACAUUCACCCAAUUAGAGGGCAAGUCAGAACUGAUUAAGUCUCUGGACUUGCAAGAAGCUCUCUCAAGGAUCAAAGAGGGUUUGAAGAUUGAGACAUUUUGUUACCUUCCCCUCUUGCGAGAAUGCAUACACCAGAAUUCACUUUCAGGAGUGCAGAUUGUUCAUGGGCAUAUGAUAAAGAUGGGAUUUUAUCGAGAUUUGUUCCUCAUGGUAUUCCUUGUCAAUGCUUAUUCAAAAUGUGGAACCUUGGAAAAUGCUCACAAAGUUUUUGACAAUUUGCCUGGAAGGAAUGUUGUUGCCUGGACCGCCCUGAUGACAGGUUACGUUCACAAUUCUCAGCCAGAUUUUGCCAUCAGAGUUUUCCGAGAAAUGCUGGAAGGUGGGUCUUAUCCAACUAAUAUUACUUUAGGAAUUAGCUUGAAUGCAUGUUCUCUAAUGAAGUCAAUUGAACUGGGGAAGCAAAUCCAUGCCUAUAUUAUCAAGUACCAAGUUCAACAUGACACAAGUGUUGGAAACUCACUUUGUAGUUUAUACUCAAAAUGUGGCAGCUUGGACUCUGCUGUUAAAGCCUUUGAGAAGAUUACAGAAAAGAAUGUAAUUUCCUGGACUGCUGUUAUUUCUGCUUGUGGAGAUAACAGUAGGGCAGCUAAGGGACUGAGAUUGUUUGUUGAGAUGCUCUCAAAUGGUGUUGAACCUAAUGAAUUAACAUUGACAAGUGUAUUGAGCAUCUGCUGUACACUGCUAUCUUUGGGUUUAGGCUCACAGGUUCAUGCCUUGAGCAUUAAACUUGGGCACGGAACAAACGAGCGCAUGAUAAAUUCUAUCUUGUAUCUGUAUCUCAAAUGUGGGUGGACUGAUGAAGCUGCAAAAUUGUUCCAUGGCAUGGAAGAUGUGGGCUUGGUUACAUGGAAUGUGAUGAUUUCAGGCUAUGCUGAAUUGAUGAAUCAUGUCAAGGAAGAUCUAUCAGCAUAUCAUAGUGGAACUGAGGCACUUAAAAUUUUCUUAAACUUGAAUCGCUCAGGCGCAGAACCUGAUCCAUUUACUUUCUCAAGUAUAUUAUCAGUCUGUAGUAGGUUGGUGGCCUUAGAACAAGGGGAGCAAAUUCAUGCUCAGACCGUAAAAACUGGGUAUUUGUCAGAUGCAAUUGUAGGGAGUGCAUUGGUGAAUAUGUACAAUAAAUGCGGAAGCAUUGACAAAGCAAGUAAAGCUUUUGUAGAGAUGUCUACCAGAACAUUGAUUUCAUGGACUUCUAUGAUUUCGGGUUUUGCACAUAAUGGUCAAACUCAGCAAGCACUGCAGCUCUUUGAGGAUAUGAGAAUAGCAGGAGUUAGGCCGAAUCAGAUUACUUUUGUGGGUGUUUUAUCAGCUUGUAGCCAUGCAGGGAUGCUGGAAGAAGCACUCAGUUACUUCGAAAUGAUGCAAAAAGACUAUAAACUCAAACCUGUGAUGGACCAUUUUGCAUGCCUAAUUAAUACAUUUGUGAGGGUGGGAAAGUUAGAAGAGGCUUUUGAAUUUGUCAAGAAGAUGGAAUUCCAACCAAAUGAGUUUAUAUGGUCACGCUUGCUUGCAGGAUGUAGAAAUCUUGGGGAUACAGAAUUGGCAAUUUAUGCAGCUAAAGAGUUACUCAAACUCAAACCCGAAGAUGCUGAGACUUAUCAGUUGUUACUAACAACAUUCAUGUCUGCUGAGAAAUGGGAGUCUGCUUCUAUAGUGAAAGAAUUGGUGAGAGAGAAGAAACUUGAGAAACCAACAGAUUGGAGCUGGAUUAGCAUUAAAGACAAGGUUCAUUCAUUCAACCCAGAGGAUCCAUUGCACCCUGAGAAGUCAGAAACAUAUGGUUUUCUGAAUGAAUUACUGGACAAAGCACAGAAUUUUGGACAUGACUCACUAGAAAAUUUUGAGUUAAAGGAUGAGGAACAUGAUACGAUGACAUUCUCUUCUCCUGUUCACCAUAGUGAAAAAUUGGCCGUUGCAUUUGGCUUGUUGAAUACAUCUAAUGCCGCAACAGUACGAAUCAUCAAGAGCAGUAGCAUGUGCAGAGAUUGCCAUAAUUUUAUGAAGGUCAUCUCUUCUAUUACUGAUAGGAAAAUCAUUAUUCGAGACCGAGAUAGCAGAUGGCUGCAUAAAUUUGUUGAUGGGCAGUGUUCAUGUGGUGACUAUGCCUGUCUACUUUGAUAUCUUGGCAUGAGAUGACAGGUCAAUAAUUUUUUUCUUUUUUGCUGAUCAUUUUUUGUGUUAAAAGGUUUUCUUCAAAUAAAUUUCCCAGUAUAAAGUAUAUCUUGGCUG